AUGGCUCGCACUAAGCAGACUGCCCGUAAGUCCACUGGUGGCAAGGCUCCCCGUAAGCAGCUUGCCUCCAAGGCUGCUCGCAAGGCCGCACCCUCCACCGGAGGUGUCAAGAAGCCUCACCGCUACAAGCCCGGUACCGUCGCUCUCCGUGAGAUCCGUCGCUACCAGAAGUCCACUGAGCUGCUCAUCCGCAAGCUCCCCUUCCAGCGUCUGGUCCGUGAGAUUGCCCAGGACUUCAAGUCCGACCUCCGCUUCCAGUCCUCCGCCAUCGGUGCUCUCCAGGAGUCCGUCGAGGCCUACCUCGUCUCCCUGUUCGAGGACACCAACCUGUGCGCCAUCCACGCCAAGCGUGUCACCAUCCAGUCCAAGGACAUCCAGCUGGCCCGCCGCCUCCGUGGCGAGCGCUCUUAG